AACUAACUUGCAUUCUACUGUAAUUGGAUUAUGAACUAACUGGUUACAUAAAUGACAUUGUUUGAUUAUAAUCUGACGACAAACGAGUGAAACAGUUACAUAAACGAGUGAAACUUAAGAAUUUGCAGACUACUUGCAUUCUACUGUAAAUCUGAAAUAAUCUUUAAUCCGGUAAGCCAUGGAUGUCACUCUCUGCCUCUGUUUCAAGUGAUACCGAGAGGUAAUCAACAGGAGGGCAAAGCUCGAACUAUCACUAGCACAAAGACACCAUUCCUCCCAUCACCGGCUGAGUCAUCAUCGACCCACAAGCCCGCAAACGCCAAGCCGUCGAAGCCGGCGGUACCCCGGCCUCGAUGAUCUCCAUCUCAGAGGAUGCUCUGCUUCCUUCUUUCCUUCUCACCGAGCACAUCACAUGAUCCGUGGCGACGCAGCCGAGUACGCCGUCGAGGCGGUACUCCGUCAUCGAGAACCCAUCUCCUCCGUCGUUCUUCCUCGCCGGCACCUCCCCGCCGCCGGCCGCCGAUCUCUGGUUGGGACGGUAAGUAAAAGUACGCUUCGACCCGAUCUGGACAUUCUGGCCGGGGAGAAAAACAGGGUCAUCCUUGCUCGACCGCCACGUGGCCUUGUAGCCAACGGUCCUCUCAACCCUACCGCCGCCGCCGCCCAAUUCCCCCUUCUUCGUCUUCGCCUUCCUCAAUCCGGUGAAGAAAUACAAUUCCGACUCCCCUGUUUCAACGAACAGCUUCUUCCAAGCCUCGUCCUCACCGUACAGGUCGCAAUCGAUCACCGGAUUGAAGGGCAAGGCAUUGCCCAUUACCUUAUCGAGGAGAUAAGUGAUGAUUUGGUCGUCUUCCGGCUCGAAUCGGACCCCGGCCGCUGUUCCCGAUAUCCUCAUUCUUACGGCGGCGUCGGUCGGUGGGGGCGGCGGAGCAAUUAAUCCCCUUGUUUCAAUUAGCCUGGUCUCGCGCGCGGAAACCCUAGAUCGGAAGAAGCGUUGCUCCUCAAUGCCAUCGCCGAUGACCAUGAUCGAGCUUUCCGCGAGGAAAGCAAAGGAGCCGCUGAUCGUCGGCCGAUUAUAGGGCGAUUAGGGUUUGGAGACGAAGGCUGAGACUGAGAGGCUUGACAUUGCGUGGUACUGAUAUAUAUAA